AUACCUGUGUGUGCGCAAAAGGUGGUGUGUUUAGCUCCUUCAGAACAUCUGCCGGCUUGUGAAAUGAUCUUUCCCCUGAAGCGUGUGCAUAAACGUAGUAUUGAAGCCGAAUUAAAACGGAAAAGGCGUGCAACCGAGCAGAACAAAAGGCGCGUAGUUUUUAAGUGUCGUUGAUUUAAAAAUAAUAUAUAAAAAAGGAAAACAAAGAGAAGUUCCAAAUGUUGCUACAAAUAUUCACAAAACUGUGUAUAUUUGUCGUUUAUAUAUGGCAAAAUGUAAACUGUGCGCAUCAUAGCGAUGCAAUUGCACAUAAAUCGGUGCGGCAUCAGAACUGGCAAAGGCUAGAGAUGAUGGACAACAAUGGAUUAUAUUGGCUGGAGUGGCAAGUAAAAGAAAAGGAUAUUUACUUCAAAGCCACGGUCAAUACUCGCGGCUUCAUUGGCCUUGGCUUUUCCAAAAAAGACGCUCGCAUGUCCAGUGCUGAUAUGGUUUUGUUAUGGGUAGACGAUCACACAGGAAAAGCAAAUGCAUUGGAUUGUCAUGGUUCACUCGAACAUCCGCACGGAGCACCCAUACAAGAUGAUACUCAAAACUAUCACGUUAUUGAUGGCAGACAAAAUGAAACUCACACCAUUGUUGAAUUCAAGCGUUUGGUUGAAACGUGUGAUCCAUACGAUAUUCCAUUAAGCCACGACACGGUAAAAGUUUUGUGGUCGUUUGGCAAUGAGGAUCCGAUACAUGGAAAUCUAGAUGGGCAUGGUAAGAAUCGUGGUGCGAAGCCUAUGCAUUUACUGAAUCCCGUCUUCAGGAAGCAAAGUAUGACAGCCAAGCAGGUCACUCAUCAAUGGGAUAUUGUUGUAAAUAAUGUUACAUUGGAGCCAUCGAUGGAUACUUUGUAUUGGUGUAAGAUUGUCAGCGCUCCAAUGCUGAAACAAAAGCAUCAUAUUAUUGGCUAUGAGCCACUAUUAACACAUAUUUCGAAAAGCGACGAAACAAUUGUGCAUCACAUGACUCUGUUCGAAUGCUCAACGAAAUCUUAUCCCGGCUCAAAUGCCGCCUCAUGGGAUGUUUGGGUCAGAAGUACGGGAACCGUAUGCAACAGCAACUCAUUGACGCCACGCGACUGGGAUUCAUGCUCGACACCAGUUGCUGUUUGGUCCAUUGGCUCGUCAGGACAAUUUUUACCAGAGCAUGUUGGUAUACCUAUUGGUGGCUCAUCGGGCGUCAAGUAUUAUAUGCUAGAAAUUCAUUAUGAUAACCAAAAAGCUUUGCGCGCCAUUGAUCAUUCUGGAUUUCGUAUUCAUUAUACGCCCGAGAUACGCCCUAACGAUGGGGGCAUUAUUAUUAGUGGAGUUUCUAUUUCCGAUACCCAAAUUAUUCCGCCUGGUCAAAAGUUGUACCGCAAUGUUGGCAUCUGUGGACCUUCGUGCUCCAAUGUUUUGUUUCCCGAAGAUGGCAUUAAAAUCAUUUCUGGCACUCUACACACGCAUCGCGCUGGUCGCAAAAUGAGUCUGCGCCAUAUUCGAGGCGGCAAGGAAUUGCCACGCAUCAUUGAGGAUGAUAACUAUGAUUAUAAGUAUCAGCAAUUUCAUCAGUUGGCCAACGAGACAGUCGUUUUGCCUGGAGAUUAUAUUAUUACAGACUGUGCCUAUGACACUCUGCAUCGCAAACGAACCACAUUCGGUGGCUAUUCAACCAAACAGGAAAUGUGUUUAUCCUUCAUCACGUAUUACCCGAAAAUCGAGCUAGCCGGCUGUUAUAGCAUGACGCCAGUGCGUGAAUUCUUUGAGAUGUUUGGUGUCAAUCAGUUCUAUUCAUUGAAUAUGACAGAUGUUGAAAACCUAUUUCUGUACAACGGAAAUUUACUAGAUUACAUGCCCAACACGGUAUAUAGCAAAUCGAAGACAAACCACACCGAUAUGACCGCUGAAGACAUGGUCGUGGAAGGAUCCCUACUAAAUAAACUGCUUAUAUCGGAUCCUGUGGAGUUUCAUGAUCGCACUUUCCUUUCACAUUUAAAUCAAUUGCCUUGGUCGGAACCUUUAUUUACCAAACGCGUGGAACAUGCCAUGAUAACCGGCAAACAUAUGACUUUUUGUCGUGUUUCCAAUGAGUCCAUGUCAAUUCCCUCCGAGAUCAUACGCUACCCCAACUUUACCACAUUUGUAAAGCCGCCCAGUAGCUGCACCUACAACCUAUUUAUUGAUAGCAUUCAAAUCAGUUCAAGUAGCUCGAGAUUACUUGCACAUUUUUUCCUAAGUUUGUUGCUCGUCGGGAUUUGUCUAAGGCAGCCAUACGAAAUGCCGAUCAGAUCAGGACAUUAGAUUGCUAUCCGGGGAUACAAAAGAACGGACUGAUGGAAUGACCCAUCAUUAAUUUUAGUUUUUAACCCAAAGACAUAGUUGC